AGGGCGGCAGUGGGGUGCGUCACAGGUCAGACGAGUAGCGUAGCGGGCACAACCUCCUUGACUGGAUGGGGUUCUCUUACACUCUCAACGUCACUGGUGAGCCUGCCUACAAUGUUGAUCAGUGCGAAUUCCAGGCUCGAAGCGUGAUCGCCUGUGUCCCUCAAGAACGGAGGGCGUUUGAUGCACGUUUGAGCGGCGAUAUUGCGUGAAGGUGGGCAUCAAUGUUUUUUCUCUGCUUCCCUCGACUUUAUACGUUCAGGACUACUCUCCCUCGUUCGAUUUGGCAGCAAGUUUCCCUCUGCUACGAAAUUGAUCCGCUAGCCCAGGAACGCGUCGACGCGCCUGUGGCUGGAAAAUGAAGGGACUGACGCGUAAGAGCCUGCCCUGAAGAACACGUGGCUGUGGGUCCGGCGCUAGGACUCUCAUACGUAAAGACGCCCAGCCCUGUUCACGCCUUGUUCACUCCCUCCAUUGUUCCGUCCAUAUCUUAGGUCCUCCGUCUGUAGCUUUCCCCGGUCGCUCGUUAACCCUAGGCAAUUAUGCAAAGACGGCCUCCUGUGGCUGUCGGCACGCUCUCUCAGGCUCCUUCAAUCUCUCCUCUCACUCGCAAACGCUCGUCUCUCGUUUCUUGCGUAUCAUCCCCGCAUACUCCAACAGGAGGAGGCAAUUCUCCUCUGCCUUUGUUUGCUUCAAACACCAAUAGAAACAGCUCAAGCAGUUGGAAUAGCUCAAACUAUGAUGCAGAUGAUAUCGAGUGGGAGUGGCAGCCAGAGCAAAUCAAGCUCUUGUCGAGGACCUUGGAUGCUCUUCCUCAGCACUUGCUGACGCCUUUCAAUGGGCCUGUUCCGCCUUCUAACCUCUUGGAUAAGAUCGCGAGGGGUGUCUCACAGGCGAAAGGACCCAUCGAUUGGCAGCAUUCCUUACGGGCUACUCGCGCCAAGAUAGUCGAGUUGGCUCGCAAGCGUGCUAAGGAGUCCAGCGAUGAUGACACAAGUGACACCAUUGCAGAGGAAGAUAGCGCUGGUUCCGACGUGCCGCUUCAACAGACAACCAACACUGGUCUCAAGCGACCUCUGUACAGGCAGUCAAGUAUGGACUUCAUGCGAUCCGCUAAGAUUGAUAUCAAUGACAAUGGUAAUAUCCGCCGUCUCUCUCACCGUCUUCAACGAACGGAACGUAUGCUUUCAAGCCCGACUUAUCACCCAUAUGCACGUUCCAUUCGUUCCCCGGCCCCUUUUGAAUCUUCCAACCGCGUUCAAUCCCUUCAUCCUUCUACUCCAAGCUCAAGCACCCUGAACUCGAGCCUCUCGGGUUCUCAAGAGUACGACCCUAGAAAGUCGUUCUCGUCCAACUCAAGCACAUCAGAAGACCCGUUCAUUCAGCCAAUCAACCCUCGCGUUCGUCGCAUCAAACGUGCUGAGACGUUCACGUCCUCUAGCCUCCAUAGUCCCAUGCGCUCCCUGAAGCGAGCCCCUUCUUACGGUGGUAGUUCCCGUAACAGCUUGGACUCAGUCGCAAUGAGCGUCGACUAUAAGGCUAAAGAUUCUGAUGUAACUUCAUCUGAUGAAGAAGAGAAGUUGCGGAGUAAGAAAGCGAAGAAAGCUCGCACGCAAGCUUCCUCGCCUACUCCCACAACUCCCUCCGUCCCAUUCACACCUGCCUCUUCGAGGCCUAUGACUCGUUCCAAGACGAGCUCUUUAAAGACGCCCGCUCCCAAGCCUGUCAAGUCUACGUCCACAGUCAUUAAACCAGGCAAACAACCGUCUACCCCUUCAUCCAAGGCAGCCUCGAGGCUUCCCCGGGCCAACCUUCAGCGCAAUUCCAGCAUUAUCGGACCUGAGUUGCCUAACCCUCAACCCAAUUUGGCCAUGCCUACUUCAAUUCGAUCGCCUCGUACCGCCAGACCGGCGGCAUCCAGCAAGAUCGUCGACACCCCAACGAGUAUCAAGACCAACAGUACCGGUAGUGUCGCUCGUAGUCCUCCUGUCAGCUCUCCUGUUGGCAGAUCACCAUCUGUCCAGAGUCCUCCGAAGACACUCCGACGAAGCAAAGGCACCGCUCCGGCUACCCGUCGUGCCCCUGCUCGAAAGAUUUCUUUCGGGAGUUUGCUCCCUGCUGCCGAGGAGGAGAACGACCCUGAAGGUGGCGCCGGAUGUGGACUCGGACUCGGAAGUGCUUUCCAAUUGCGUUAGGUGACUCAUCGACCACCCUUCACAACUUGAACCUCGUGCUUUUGAUCAUCCCUCGUGUGUGCUCCAUCACGUUUGGAUCGACUUGCAUUCUUGACAAAUUGUUCAAGAUUAUCAUCACCAAUCAAUCACUCAUCAUCGAUCCUGGAUGCAGCGGUAGUAUUCCUACUCUCUGCUUCGACGGAUCGACUUCGGCUCUAUCUUUUUCCCGAUUGCUUCAUUAUAAGUUCAUAACUCACCCUCAUUGCAUUCACUAUUUCCUUGCUUCCAAUUCUCAGAUCAUCUCGGCUCCCGGAUGCCGCAUCCUCUCCUUGCUUCUUGCUUAUGCUCAAUCACACUCUCUGAAAGGAUUUCUCUUGCUCUAUCUCUCUAUCUAUACCGGAUGGCAUCCUUGCAUCAACCACACUCAUUCGUCUCCCCUCUACUCCAAUCACCAGCUCGGUUCUGGUUGUGACAUAGUGUAUAGUAGGAGCUUCGUCUCCACCUUCAGUCAACUAGAUCUAUCUGUUCAUUUCCUUUCAUGUGUUUACUCAAAACACUGCCGCUCACACCUUCCUUAUUGUUUAACCUUCCCUCUGUGCUAUCAUUCGUCAUCUCUCCUCUUCUGCCGGGCACGCAUACAUGCCUUACCUUUCUGUACGGAUGGGUAAGUGCUACAUGGGGCCCCUUUUUCCUGUGUUAUUUUUUUUUCUUGUAUAUAUGUUGUACUGUUCGACCUUUGUUUUAUUUCCGGUCGUUGUGUCAAUAGUUCGUCGCGCUUGUUGCUGGGCACUGUAGAAUACGCGUUGAGUGCAAUGUAUUCUGACUGUCGUGAAGUC